GCUCCCUGCUUCUGCUUCUUGGCCUGUAGUUCUGCGUUCUCCAGCUAGAACCCUGAGAGCCCCAAGGAUGCUGAGCCUGCUGGGCUGACCAUGCUGCCUUGGAAGGGUCGCUGUUCCUUUGGUUCCUGGCUGCUAAGGACCUCCAACCAACCUGUUUCAGCCACCACGUCGUCCUGGCCUUGGGACUGUUGGAAAACCAAUUCGACUGUUAGCCAAUCAUUUUCAGGUUCAGAUUCCUAAAAUAGAUGUGUAUCACUAUGAUGUGGAUAUUAAACCAGAAAAACGGCCUCGUAGAGUCAACAGGGAGGUAGUAGAUACAAUGGUGCGGCAUUUCAAGAUGCAAAUAUUUGGUGAUCGGCAGCCUGGCUAUGAUGGCAAAAGAAACAUGUACACAGCACAUCCACUGCCAAUUGGACGGGAUAGGGUUGAUAUGGAGGUGACCCUUCCAGGUGAGGGUAAAGAUCAAACCUUUAAAGUGUCUGUCCAGUGGGUGUCAGUUGUGAGUCUUCAGUUGCUUCUAGAAGCUUUGGCCGGACACUUGAAUGAAGUCCCAGAUGACUCAGUACAAGCACUUGAUGUUAUCACAAGACACCUUCCCUCUAUGAGGUACACUCCAGUGGGCCGUUCCUUUUUCUCACCUCCUGAAGGUUACUACCACCCUCUGGGAGGGGGCAGGGAGGUUUGGUUUGGCUUUCAUCAGUCUGUGAGACCUGCUAUGUGGAAUAUGAUGCUCAAUAUUGAUGUAUCUGCAACUGCUUUCUACCGGGCUCAGCCUAUCAUUGAGUUCAUGUGUGAGGUUUUAGACAUUCAGAACAUCAAUGAACAGACCAAACCACUAACAGACUCCCAGCGUGUCAAGUUUACCAAAGAAAUCAGAGGUCUUAAAGUUGAAGUGACCCACUGUGGACAGAUGAAACGAAAAUAUCGAGUCUGUAACGUGACUAGACGGCCAGCCAGCCAUCAAACAUUUCCUUUACAGCUAGAAAAUGGUCAAGCUAUGGAAUGUACAGUAGCUCAAUAUUUUAAACAAAAGUAUAGUCUGCAGCUGAAAUACCCCCAUCUUCCCUGUCUCCAAGUGGGACAAGAACAAAAACAUACAUACUUGCCACUUGAGGUCUGUAAUAUAGUGGCAGGACAGCGAUGUAUAAAGAAGCUCACAGACAAUCAGACUUCCACAAUGAUCAAAGCAACAGCAAGGUCUGCUCCUGACAGACAGGAGGAAAUCAGCAGACUGGUGAAGAGCAACAGCACGGUGGGUGGACCUGAUCCAUACCUUAAAGAAUUUGGUAUUGUUGUCCACAACGAAAUGACAGAGCUCACGGGCAGGGUGCUCCCGGCACCGAUGCUGCAAUAUGGAGGCCGGAAUAAAACGGUAGCCACACCCAACCAGGGUGUCUGGGAUAUGCGAGGAAAGCAGUUCUAUGCUGGCAUUGAAAUUAAAGUUUGGGCAGUUGCUUGUUUUGCACCUCAGAAACAAUGUAGGGAAGAUUUACUGAAGAGUUUCACUGACCAGCUACGUAAAAUCUCCAAGGAUGCAGGAAUGCCCAUCCAGGGUCAGCCAUGUUUCUGCAAGUACGCACAAGGCGCAGACAGCGUGGAGCCCAUGUUUAAGCACCUAAAAAUGACAUACGUGGGCCUGCAGCUAAUUGUAGUUAUUUUGCCUGGGAAGACACCAGUGUAUGCGGAGGUGAAACGCGUUGGAGAUACCCUCCUGGGCAUGGCCACACAGUGUGUCCAAGUAAAAAACGUAGUGAAGACCUCACCCCAAACCCUUUCCAAUCUUUGCCUGAAGAUAAAUGCAAAGCUUGGAGGAAUUAACAAUGUGCUUGUACCUCAUCAAAGGCCAUCGGUGUUCCAGCAGCCUGUCAUCUUCCUGGGAGCGGAUGUCACACACCCGCCUGCGGGGGAUGGGAAAAAGCCCUCCAUUGCUGCUGUCGUUGGCAGUAUGGAUGGCCACCCCAGCCGGUACUGUGCCACCGUUCGGGUGCAGACCUCCCGUCAGGAGAUCUCUCAGGAGCUCCUCUACAGUCAAGAGGUAAUCCAGGACCUUACUAACAUGGUUCGAGAGCUGCUGAUCCAGUUUUACAAAUCUACCCGCUUCAAACCCACACGGAUCAUCUAUUACCGUGGAGGGGUAUCUGAGGGACAGAUGAAACAGGUAGCUUGGCCAGAGCUAAUAGCAAUUCGAAAGGCAUGUAUUAGCUUGGAAGAAGAUUACCGGCCAGGAAUAACCUAUAUUGUGGUGCAGAAAAGACAUCACACACGACUCUUCUGUGCAGACAAAACAGAAAGGGUGGGGAAAAGUGGCAAUGUCCCAGCAGGCACUACAGUGGACAGUACCAUCACACAUCCGUCUGAGUUUGACUUUUAUCUCUGUAGUCAUGCAGGAAUUCAGGGAACCAGCCGUCCUUCACAUUACCAGGUCUUGUGGGAUGACAACUGCUUUACUGCAGAUGAACUCCAGCUACUGACUUACCAGCUGUGUCACACCUAUGUGCGGUGCACGCGCUCGGUUUCUAUUCCAGCCCCUGCAUACUAUGCCCGGCUUGUAGCAUUUAGAGCAAGGUAUCAUCUGGUGGAUAAAGAUCAUGACAGUGCAGAAGGCAGCCACGUGUCAGGACAGAGCAAUGGUCGAGAUCCUCAGGCCUUGGCUAAGGCUGUGCAGAUCCACCAUGAUACCCAGCACACGAUGUAUUUUGCCUGAGAGUCUCAGAAAAAGAACUCAACCGAUUUGGCACCCCAUGCAGCCUCAAAAUGUUUCAAAUGCCUACCACCUCUACAUAGAGCCAAGUUGACUUCAGGUGAUCUUCUACCAGCAGCUCGGAAUAGUUGCACUGAAUUUAUACUUCGCAGCACUGUCUGAUGCAUCCACAAAAUUGAGCCAUUUUUUAAAAAAGUAAUAGGUACUCAUAGAUUAUCUUUUCUGAUGCACUGGACUAAAUUUUUACCUCAACGAGCAAAGGCUGAUCAGCCUGAACUUUAUAAAGGACUUUGCAGGAAAGGUUUCUAUGGAAUAUUUUGCUAGCUGUGGUGUUCACCGCAUCCCUCUAGUCUUAUAAGAGAAGAUUAUUUGUUUUUUUGGUAUUCAUCGAGUGGGGUAUAAGCAUAAAUGGGAGAGAGAAAUCAAACAACCUACUUCAGUUCAGUGUAACUAUUUAAUUGUAUGGGUCCAUAGACUUUUUAAUGGAGAUUUUUGACUUCACCACUGUAAAUGCCUUUAAUGAGCAUUAAUUUUUGAAAGUUUUACAGAGUUUUAUUAGUUUUACUACUUUAUCUUAUUGAUCUCUGCAGACUUGUGCUGGUGCAAGUACAAGCUGCCAAGCAAUUGCACUAUAUUUGGCUGCAGAUUCAGACAGGCAGUUCUCUUAUUUAGUUGGCUUUUGUGAAUGUGUAACAUAAACAGGUGUAAUGCAUGUCACGGGGACAGAUAACACUGCCAUGGUAAAAAUACUCUUGUCUCCCCCUCUUUAAAAAAAAAAAAUAGCUUUUAGUAUUUUUCCAAGUCUUCAAAAGUGCCCAUUUUAUGCUGCUGUGUGAUCUGUUAGAUCUAAAUGAUUUUUAAACUUUUCUCAUACAAAGUUAACUUUGGCAAUAAACAUUUUUUAAGGGCCCUCCACUUCUUUUGCCUGACAGCAGCGUAGUUUUCUAGAUGAGAUUUUGGUAUGAUUUUAUGAACUACUUCUUAUAUAUCAUAAUCUGGCAAUUUCUGAAACCGGUCAGAAAAGACGUAUAUUUCCAUGCCUUUUUAAAGACUUAUUUUUAUCUGUUUUAUAGCCACAUUUGGUGUCCUGUCAUUUUGUUUUAAAAUAAGCUAGAACCAGGAUGCUUCCUUAUUGGGUAGGCCUUGCCACUCCUUAAGGUACAUUGAGUGAUGCUGCAACUUGCGAAAAUGUACCAGCAUUUAAAGCCCCCCCACCGCCCACCCUACCUGGAGAACCAAGGUUACUCACAGAGUAACUUGCAGUGCAAAUUUUUUGCUUCUCUUUCAACCUGAAAUGUACUUGGUGGGGUUUUCUACCCUUUAUUAAACUAAAGCUGUAUAGAAAAGCUUGAUUGUUCUUAAUGAAUUCUGGAUUCCACUCACAGGAAGAUGGGAUUCCUUUCUUGUCCAGAAAAAGAGAGUUGAUCUAAAGUAAGCAUCAGUUAAAAUAUAAGGGAAAAUGUAUUCUGUAUUUGUUGUUGUGUGCCGUCGAGUCUAUUCCGACUCAUAGUGACCCUAUAGGACAGAGUAGAACUGCCCCAUAGGGUUUCCAAGGCUAAAAUCCUUAGGAGAGCAGAUUGCCAGGUCUUUUCUCCUCAGAGCACCUGGUGGGUUCGAACCUCCAACCUUUCGGUUAGCAGCCAAGAGCUUAACCGUUUCGCCACCAGGGCUCCUAUUCUGUAUUUACUGUAGAUAAUACUUUGUGAAUGGACAACAGUUACAUAGAGUCUUGGUAGUUCCAACCUGUGUUUCCCAGCCCAAAUUGGACUGACUCGUAAUUCUGUAUCCUGGAACCUUAGGAGUGAGAGAUGGAGAAGGGGAUAAAAGGCCUAGAGCCAUACUCCAUCUAUACGGUGGAGGAAGAGAUAGACACAAGGUCGUAAAAAACAAACUUACCUCCUCUGUCUGGAGACUGCUGGUGGGGAAACACUGGAUCUAAUGGUGAAGGGUAUUUGCUUAAACUCAUUAGCCAGCCCACAUCUCUUAAACUAGCCUUCUCAAAAUCCCAGCAAUAUAAAACACUGUUUUUCUUCAGUCUUUUAACAAACUUGUAUAUACAUUGACGUUUACAUUUCCAUGUCCUGUUGAUCACAAGCACCGCUGGUGUUUGCUGAGACGGGUCUUCAGAGUGUAUCCUAGUGUUUGUUGAGUCCUGUAGCUCAUUAAGAUGAAUACAGACGUUCUUAUCCUCUGCAGAUAGUGGGAUGAAAGCAAACUCUGUUGCUGAGGCACAACAUAGGCAGGAGCAAAGAGAUGGCAGAUGUUCAUUUCUUAAGAUUUUCCUUUGGCAAAUACCUCAGUUGGAUAAUACAAAUCAGGACAUGUUGGUGAGGGGCUGACUGCUGCUUUUAUUCACACUCGUUCAGGGAGAGCACAGAAAAAUACCCUUCAGCACGACCACUCUGGACCCAAGAGGAGAAAAAAAACAAGUGUUUUUAGGAGGAGGACUCACUGGAGUCCAGGAUGUGAACUCUUAGUGGCUGGCUGGCUGGCCAGCUGGCACCACACCUGCACUCGAGUGCCUCGGGCUUGCUUCCUUCUCACCAUCUCCUGGCAUGUAUGGAGCAGGGAGCAAAGGUGGAGGGCUGGAAAGCCCUGGUUUGCUGGCCUGAGGUUGGGUUGUAUGUUCAGCCUCGAACAAACAAUACAGUUUGUAAGACCUCAGUCAAUCCUGAUACGCUGGGCAAAUCAGUGUCAUGGUGGAGGAAAAUCCGGGAAGCCUAUUUUUAUAGGAAAACAGUACCAUUAAGUGUGCAAUGCUGUCAUUUUUGGACAAAAGGUAAGAAAUAUGGAGGAACUAGAAUUACUGGGGAAAAAAACUUGCUGAAGGGUGAAUCUUUAAGAGGUAGGUAAUCAUUGCGAAACCAGACUGGCAGAAAUAGUUCUGCAAGCAAGUCUGAAUGCAUAGUUUUAAUUUAAUUCGGCUUGACAAUUUGAAUUUGUGACCUCUUGAAACUAACUGAAUCAUGCAUGUGUCAAUCAAUGGGAGGUGUGCAUUCUGUAGAAGUAGUUUUAGGGUGUUUGGUUUUUUACAACGCAGCCUAUUUAGGCAUCGUCACGUGGUGUGAAAGAUUUAAAUGUAGCAAUGUAAAAGAGUAAUAAUUUGGGGAGAAGGAGCAGGUAAGAGAGCCACGAAGACCCAAAUAUUGAUUCAGUUGUGUUUUGUUGUUGUUAGCUAUUGCAUUUUGAAUGGUUUAUAAAAGUGAACUAGCUGGUUUAAAGCAGCCAGCAGUCCAGGCAGGCAGAAUGUAUUCAUUCUUACUGUUAAGUUCUAUUUGCUGCUUCCAAAGGGGUUGCCUUACAAGCAGUCAAGCUCUAUGUGAUGUGUAUUUUAGGAUCUGGUGCCCAGCCUGUAUCAAAGCUUACCUAUGUACCCUUCCAAUGGGAAAAGGUAAUCCUUGUGCAGAUACACUGUUUAACAAGGAUCACCCUCUCUGCCCGACCCUAUCAACCCUUUGUGGAUGUGCUGUUAAGAUUUUCUUGCUCAGUAGCAAGGUGGUAGCUCUACUUUCAUUUUAAGAAAGCAGAGACUGAGGGCAUUGUAUCAAUACUAUUUCAAUUCCAAGGAUUUUUCUUUGUAAAAUUAAAGGAAAGGUCUUGUUAUCGAUUAAUAAUUUUCUUACCCUUGCUAUUGACAUAUUCAUGCUCUUUCUAUGUCUAGUGGCUGAAAAUGUUUGCAUCUGUUCAUUUGAUUAGUGGUGUAAUUUUUGUUUCUAUAUUGUUAGACUUGUAAUGUUUUAAAAUGUAUUUUAUAAAUCUGGACUGGAUGUAUGUCUCUGGCAACACGAGGUACUUUCUCAGCUAUUAAGGGAGGGGUCGUAUCCUCAUGUUGCGAUCAAAUGAUGGCUGUUUAAAUUUUGAAAAAAAAAAUUUUUUUUUUUGGCCUGCAGGGAUAUUUUGUGUUCAUGUGUCCAAAAAAAAAAAAAAAAAAAGAAUAAACUGGCCUUCUUGUG